CAUUAACAGCCCCUCGGCGGGGCGGGUGGCACGGGCUGGCCGCAGCACCCAGCCAGCAUGGCGCUCAGCACCCGCCUCGCCUCGGCCCUCCGGCCGGCCCUGGCAGCUCUGUGCCGGGCAGCCCCCGGGCAGCGCCGGGGGCUCAGCACCCCUCCUGGCCCGGAGCCCACGCUCGACCUCGGGGGCAUCUUCCCACCCCUCGCCACCCCCUUCUCGGCCCUGCGGGAGGUGGACUAUGCCCAGCUGGAGGCCAACCUGCGCCGCUACGCCAGCAUCCCCUUCCGAGGGCUGGUGGUGCUGGGCUCCACCGGGGAGCACCCGUACCUGGCACCCCGCGAGCGGCUGGAGGUGCUGAGCUGCGUGCGCCGCGCGCUGCCCCGGGACCGCCUGCUGCUGGCGGGCUCCGGCUGCGAAUGUGAGCGUGGGGAACGCGGGGAGCACGGCGGGGCUGCAUCCCCCCGGGACGUCCCUCACCGCUCUGCCACCUCCCCAGCCACCCAGGCCACCGUCGAGCUGACGGUCAGCAUGGCAGAGGCCGGGGCUGACGCGGCGCUGGUGGUGACGCCCUGCUACUACCGGGGAGCCGUGAGCAGCGCCGCCCUGGUGCGGCACUACACGGAGGUGGCCGAGGCGUCCCCCAUCCCCGUGGUGCUCUACAGCGUCCCUGCCAACACCGGCCUGGAGCUGCCGCUGGAGGCUGUCCUCGCCCUGGCUCAGCACCCCAAUGUCAUCGGCAUCAAGGACAGCGGCGGGGAUAUCACCCGCGUGGGUCUGCUCGUCCACAAGACGCGGCAGGAGGAUUUCCAGGUGCUGGCGGGAUCGGCCGGCUUCCUUUUGGCGAGCUACGCCGUGGGUGCCGCGGGGGGGGUCUGCGCCCUCGCCAACGUCCUGGGGGCCCCGCUGUGCCAGCUGGAGCGCCUGUGCCGCCAGGGCUGCUGGCAGGAGGCCCGCGACCUGCAGCACCGGCUCAUCGAGCCCAACGCGGCGGUCACCCGCCGCUUUGGGAUCCCGGGGCUGAAGAAGGCCAUGGAGUGGUUCGGGUACUACGGGGGGCCCUGCCGCGCGCCCCUGGCCCCGCUGAGCCCGGCCCAGGUGGAGGAGCUGAGGGGCACCUUCAGCACCAACGGCUGGUUGUGAGCACCCAGGACGUGGCCCCGCAGCGCAGGCAGCACCGUCUCCCCCCGGCCCCUUCCUGGACUGGGAAGCCAGGGAGCUGGGGACGUGGUGGGGACGCUGGGAUCGUGGCCGGGAGGAAGCCAGCCAUCUCGCU